AAAAUACCACACCCUAAGCGCCAUCUAUCGGGCAAUUGCUACUUCCGCAAACAAUGAUGGGCAGGGUACAUAGGAAAUGUAGACCAACUUUCAAUGAUUAAUUAAGCAAGAAAAUAUUUUAAUAAUUUUCAAAAUGGGUGAUCAUAUGGUGGGUGAGAAAAUCACUCUGACAGACGCUCUUCAGAAUGUUGAUGUUCUGGAUGAAUUACCACUCCCUGACCAGCAGCCAUGCAUCGAGGGAAUGUCCCUCUCCAUUCAGUACCAGGCGAAUUUUGAUACCAAUUUCGAAGACAGAAGUGCAUAUGUAACAGGAGUUGCAAAGUACAUAGAAGAAGCUACCGUCCAUGCUGACCUUAACAAGUUGUUAGAGGAAGGCCAGGAGUAUGCUGCCAUGUUGUAUACCUGGAGAUGUUGUUCUAGGGCUUUACCACAGGUUAAAAGUAAUGAACAACCUAACAGAGUAGAAAUUUACAACAAGAUCGUGGAGGUACUUGACCCCCAGGUCUCCAAGCUGAUGGACCUCAUGUAUUUCACGAAAAGAGCAAUAGAGCGGUUUGGAAAUGAAGUCAAAAGACUUUGUCACAAAGAGAAGAGGAAUGAUUUUGUGUCAGAAGCUUACCUUUUAACUCUGGGAAAAUUUAUUAACACAUUUGCAGAGUUGGAUGAACUGAAAAAUAUGAAAGCUAGUGUCAAGAAUGACUAUUCUGCAUACAGAAGAGCUGCCCAGUUUUUAAAGGUAAUGGCCGAUCCCCAGUCUCUUCAGGAGUCUCAGAAUCUGUCCAUGUUUCUGGCGACACAGAAUAAGAUCCGGGACAUGUUGAAGGAGGCCCUGGAAGUCACCCCAGGGUACGAGGAGCUGCUGGCUGACGUCGUCAACAUCUCUGUACACAUGUACGAAAACAGACUCUUUCUGGAACCUUCAGAAAAACACAUGCUUGUGAAGGUCAUGGCAUUUGGUUUGUUCUUGAUGGACAACAAGGAAAACAGUAUUUACAAAAUGGAUGGCAAAAAAAGAGUCAAUUUAACAAAAAUAGAUAGGAUUUUAAAGCAAUUGGAAGUUGUUCCCCUUUAUGGAGACAUGCAGAUCAAACCUUACCAUUACAUCCAAAAGAGCUUGAACUUUGACCCCUCACGGUGGACAUUUUGUGAGUCUAGUCAGCUGAGUCCUCAGUCUAGCCUGUUAGCUAACCUGGAGGCCAUUAGAGAAGAUCACAUGGCAUACAUCAGUCAGCUUGCCAGGCACAGCAAUGAGGCAAUCACCACUACUAGAGAGAGUCCCAGGUCAGACUAUGAGAACAAGGAACUGAAUGACCUGGCCCUCAGGGGGCUACAUCUAAUGUCAGCCUGGACACAACAGGUCAUGGAACUGGUCAGUUCUCUAGAUUUUUUAAAAUCCACUCGAUAUAACUAUAGCAGUGAUGAAAAGUUUGCCAUUGUGGAAGUGAUUGCCAUGAUUAAGGGGCUACAACUUCUGAUGGCGCGGAUGGAGUCAGUGUUUCUGGAUGCAAUUAGAAGACACAUUUACGCUGCUCUACAGGAUUUUGUACAACUAGGACUAAGGGAUCCACUGAGAAAGGCAAUCAGGAAGAAAAAUGAUGUCAUCAAAGUCUUGAUAUUGUCUGUGCGAGACACCUGUGUUGAUUGGAUGAGAGGGGUAGAACCUCACGAUGACCCGGCAAUGAAGGGUAAAAAAGAUCCCGAUGAAGGAUUCACAAUCAAAGUACCACGUAGGAAUGUUGGUCCUUCAACCACACAGCUGUACAUGGUACGGACAAUGCUGGAGUCCCUGAUCGCAGACAAGAGUGGGGGCAGUGGGAAGAAAACCUUGAGGAAGGAUAUUGACGGACAACAUCUGAUGGCUAUUGAUCAGUUCCACAAGGAGUCCUUCUACUGGAAUUACCUCCUAAACUUCAAUGACUCUCUACAUAGAUGUUGUGAUUUGUCUCAGCUUUGGUACAGAGAAUUUUUCCUGGAGAUGACAAUGGGAAAAAGAAUUCAAUUUCCAAUUGAAAUGUCCAUGCCUUGGAUUCUUACAGACCAUGUUCUGGAAACCAAGGAUGCCUCCAUGAUGGAAUAUAUCCUGUAUCCUUUGGACCUGUACAAUGACAGUGGUCACUAUGCCCUGACCAAAUUCCACAAACAAUUCCUCUAUGAUGAGGUGGAAGCAGAGGUCAACCUUUGUUUUGAUCAGUUUGUGUACAAACUCAGUGAUCAAAUCUUUGCCUACUACAAACAUUUAGCUGGCAGUAUUAUGCUUGACAAGAGAUUUCGAGCAGAGUGUGCUAGCUUUGGAACAAAGAUUGUUUAUCCUGUUGCCAAUAGAUACAAGACUCUUCUUAAACAGAGACAUGUUCAGAUUCUUGGUCGUUCAAUUGAUUUAAAUCGGCUGCUUGGCCAGAGAGUAAAUGCCUCGUUACAAAAGGCCCUGGAUGUAGCCAUUUCUAGAUUUGAGGGGGGAGAAUUGACAGGCAUUGUGGAGCUAGAGGGCCUGGUAGAGUGUAACCGUUUGGCCCAUAAACUGAUGAACAAGUACAUCACCUUGAAUGACUUUGAUGCCAUGCUGAGAGAGGCUAACCACAAUGUGUCUGCCCCCUACGGCAGAAUCACUCUUCAUGUGUUCUGGGAGGUCAAUUAUGAUUUCCUACCAAACUACUGCUACAAUGCUGCCACAAACAGAUUUGUUAAGACAGUUUUGCCAUUUGCUCCAGCUAGUCAAAGAGAAAAGCAGCCUAAUCCAUCUUACUCUUACAUUUGGGGUACAAAGGCCCUCACCACAUCUUUUAGUGCAAUAUAUGGACUCUACCACGGAUUUGUGGGAGUCCCACACUUCAGGUCUAUGUGUCGACUGAUUGGAUAUCAGGGAAUAGCAGUCGUUAUAGAGGAGCUGCUGAAAAUUGUCCAGGCUCUGUUGAAGGGAACUCUGAUGGACUAUGUUAAAACCUUGAUGACGGUGAUGCCCCCGGUCUGCCGCCUUCUGAGAUAUGAUUACGGCUCUCCUGGUGUAAUGGGUUACUAUCAAGCUCAGCUGGCAGAGUUAAUCCAAUAUCCCGAUCUUAGAACCGAAGUCUUCCAGAGUUUCAGAGAAGUAGGAAAUGCCAUUCUGUUCUGUAUGCUGGUAGAACAGGCUCUGACCCAGGAAGAAGUUUGUGAUUUGAAACAUGCGGCUCCAUUUCAGAACAUCAUUCCGAAGCCCUUCAUACCAAUCAAAGAGGGUGAUAACCGGAAGGAGAAAGAACAGGAACUGAAGAACAUGAUGAAGAGGCUGGAGGCUAAAUACGCCGCCUUACAGGUGGUCCCGGUCAUCAGCAAACUGGGGACACCGCAGCAAGCAGACAUAGCAGCCGAAGGUGAUCUACUUACCAGAGAGAGGCUGUGCUGCGGUUUAUCCAUGUUUGAGAUCGUAUUGACCAGAAUCAAGACGUUUGUGGAGGAUCAGAUUUGGCACGGCCAGCAGCCAGCUAAUGGAGUCAUGAACAUUGACGAGUGUACAGAGUUCCACCGACUCUGGAGCGCCAUACAAUUCGUGUACUGUAUGCCAGUCAGAGAAAACGAGUACUCGGUGGAAGAGCUUUAUGGGGAGGGACUGAACUGGGCCGGAUGUGCCCUCAUUGUCCUGUUGUCACAGCAACGGAGGUUUGAGGCACUAGAUUUCUGCUACCACGUUCUUAAGGUCAACCGUGUAGAUAUGAAGGAUGAAAACGUCAAAGGCAUUCAAUUGAAAAAGAUGGUGGAUCGCAUAAGAAAGUUCCAGAUUUUAAACAAUCAAAUUUUUGCCGUAUUGAACAAAUACUUGAAGACCAGUGACUCUGAAAGUAUUCCUGUCGAACACGUGCGCUGUUUCCAGCCACCGAUACACCAAUCAUUAGCAACAACCAUAUAAUACUGACGCAAGUGUGAUUGCUGCGUUUGUUGCAGCAAUAAAAUUAUACGGCUCUUUUAUUUGUCGUUUUUGGAAUCUCAGAAAAUUAAAGGAAUCAGGAAGAAAGCAGCUGAGAGAAAAAUCAACAUGUUGUCUUCCUCUUCUACAGAAGUGAAACAUUUUAUCGCGUUUGUCUUCAGACAGUAUAAGAGUGAUAAAUUGAAUUAUUCAAUUUUUUGACUUAGUAAAUUUUACAGUGAUAUACGCUCUGUGUAUUGCAUGCCGUGUAAACUUGUAUAAAUUUUAUACAAACUAGCAUACCGGUAUAUUCAUACCAUUUGUAAUUAUUAAUCAUAAUAAAAUCAUAAUUUUCCA